AUGAAACUUCUUUUUUUUAUUUCUAUAAAUAAUCUAUUUUCAUUCUUUUCUUUUUUCUUUUUUGUUUUUCUUUUUUUUUCACUCUUUUAUUUUCUUUCCUUCUUUCUUUAUUCUUUUUUAUUGUCAGCUAUUUUCUAUUUAAUUUUUUUUCAAUUUCUUUCUUUUUCUUUCUUUUUACAUAUAGAAAUUCUUUCUUUCUUUUUUGAUCCAUUUAAUUUGUUUCCUUUUCUUUUUUUCAUUUUUUUUUUAAAAAACUUUUUUUUCUUUUUUUUGCCAUAUUUCUUUUUUUUCUCUUUGUUUUUUUUCUUUCUUUUUUUCUUUUUCUUUCUUUCUUUUUUCCUUUUUUCUUUUUUUUGCCUCUUUCUUUUUUUCUUCUUUCUUUCUUUUUCUUUCUUUUCUUUUUUUCUUUUUUUUUUUUCUUUCUUUUUUUCUUUUUUUCUUUCUUUAAUUUCUUUUUUUCUUUUUUUUCUUUUAUUUCUUUCUUUCUUCUUUUUUUUUCUUUCUUUCUUUUUUUCCUUCUUUCUUUUUUUCUUUUUUCUUUUUCAUUUUUCUUUUUUUCUUCAUUCUUUUUUUUUUAUGACAUUUCCUUUUUUCUUAAUUUUCUUUUUUUUUUCUUCUUUCUUUCAUUUCUAA